AUGUCUACUAGUGCACAAGAAGAAGUUGAUGAUGACGAUUUUGAUGACACAAUCGGGAUGUUUGAGGCUGCAUAUGAUUACUUUGACGAUAAUCCACAAAAUUUCGAGGAGCUACUAGGUGAUGCGAAGAAACCAUUAUAUCCAAAUUGUAAGAACUUUACCAAAAUAUCUGCAUUAUUGAAGUUAUAUAAUUUGAAAGCGAAAUUUGGAUGGAGCGAUAGAAGUUUUACUGAGUUGUUGGCAUUAGUUCGUGAUAUGUUACCAAGUCCUAAUGAAAUUCCAAAUUCUAUGUAUCAAGCAAAAAAAACUUUAUGUAUUCUUGGGAUGAAGUAUGAAAAGAUUCAUGCUUGCCGCAAGGAUUGUUGCUUGUUUAGAAAAGAACUCUCAGAUGAAGAUGAAUGCCCCAUUUGCGGAACAUCAAGAUGGAAGCUUCGUAAAGAUUCAAAGGAAGCAAUGAAAAAUGUUCCGGCCAAAGUCAUGUGGUACUUCUCUCCAAUUCCAAGAUUUGAACGAAUGUUUCGAAGAAAUGACAUAGAUGUUUAUUUAGCUCCAUUAGUUGAUGAUUUGAAGAAGCUUUGGAAUGAUGGAGUUGAAUGUUUUGAUGCAUAUCAAGAGCGGUGUUUUACACUUAAAGCUAUUUUACUGUGGACUAUUAAUGAUUUUCCUGCGUAUGGAAAUUUGUGUGGUUGUACGGUAAAAGGAUAUCACGCAUGUCCAAUUUGUGGGGAGAAAACUUCAUCCAUUUAUUUGCCAAAAGGGAGGAAGAUGGCGUAUCUCGGGCAUCGUAAGUUUUUACCUCGUAAUCAUCCAUAUAGGAAGCAGAAGAAAGCAUUUAAUGGUAAACCAGAAUUGGGAUUCGCUCCUGAACCAUUAAGUGGAGUAGAAAUUCUUGCAAAAGCAAAUGGACUCCAAUAUUCAUUUGGUAAGAAAGGAAAAAAGGAAGGAAAAAAGGAAAAAAAUGAUGGAGAUCUUUCAUAUAGUUAUUGGAAGAAUAAGUCUAUUUUUUUUGAGUUGGAGUACUGGAAGCAUCUUCAUGUGCGGCAUUGUUUAGAUGUGAUGCACAUUGAAAAGAAUGUGUGCUCAAAUCUUAUUUGCACAUUACUUGAUAUUCCAGGAAAAUCAAAGGAUGGAUUACAAGCUCGUCUAGAUUUGGUCGAAUUGAAUAUUAGAUAG